UCCAACUGACCUCGGCCGAGGCUCGAUCGUUCCAAAAACCAAACGAAAACCAUCCUCCCCUCAAUCCCGACCUCCAUCUCUUCCUCCCCGAAUCCUAAAACCUGAACCUUCGAAGAAAAAAAUGCCGUCUUUCUCCCACUGGGGGAGAUUCCAAAUCCAUCCCUUCUUCCAAUCCACCGCCUCCGCCGCCCGGUGGAUGUCCCAGUCGACGACGCUCCCCCGGAAGCUCCAGCGGGUCCGCGACCACGCGUUCGACGAUUUGAUGGAGGUCCAGAAGAAGGUCCGCCGCGCCCUUGGCCUCCAGGAUCUCAUCCUCUCCCACCCGGGCGCCGCCCUCCCCGUCUCCCGCCUCGACGCCCUCGCCCGCCGCCACCUCGGCCUUCCCCCCAACGACGCCGGCAGCUUCCUCCUCCGCCACCCCCACGUCUUCCACGUCUUCGACCACCCCGUUCAGCGCGUCCUCUGGGCCCGCCUUACCCCCCGCGCCGCCGCCCAGCUCCGCCUCGAGUCCGCCGCCGUCUCCGCCGCCCUCCCGGCCGCCGUCCUCCGCCUCCGCAAGCUCCUCCUCCUCGCCACCCCCGCCUGCCGCCUCCGCCUCGAGCACCUCCGCCUCGCCCGCCGCGAUCUCGGCUUCCCCGACGACUUCGAGCAAUCCGUCGUCCUCGCCCACCCCUCCUUCUUCCGCCUCGUCUCCUCCUCCGACGACCCGCGCUCCAAAUUCGUCGAGGCUGUCGAGGUCUCCGACCCACCCGCCGACCUCACCGUCUGCGCCAUCGAGCGCGCGCGCGAGCGCGAGUACCGCGCCCGCGGCGCCGACGCCGAGGACGCCCGCUUCGCCUUCCUCAUCAACUUCCCGCCGGGUUUCAAGAUCGGCAAGUACUACCGCAUUGCCGUCUGGAAGUGGCAGCGGCUGCCGUAUUGGUCCCCCUACGAGGACGUCUCCGGCUACGACCUCCGCUCGCUCGAGGCGCAGCGCCGGAUGGAGAAGCGGGCGGUUGCCAUGAUACAUGAGUUGCUGUCGCUAACGGUGGAGAAGCGGAUGACGCUGGAGAGGAUCGCGCAGUUCCGGCAGGCGAUGGGGCUGCCGAAGAAGCUCAAGGAGUUCUUGCUGCAGCACCAGGGGAUAUUCUACAUUUCGACAAGGGGGAACCAGGGGAAGCUGCACACGAUAUUCUUGAGGGAGGCAUACCGAAAGCGGGAGCUGGCGGAACCAAAUGAGAUUUAUCUGGCAAGGAAGAAUCUUGCGGAGCUGCUGCUGCUGAGCCCCAAAAAGGCUAAUUUCGAUAGAAUGCUGACAAGUCUUGGGAGGGGUGGAAAUGGCUUCGGGGUCGGCAGGAAGUUCUUUGGGGAUCAGGAUGGCAGAGAAAAUGAAGACGAGGGAAGCAGCAGCGGUUCUGAUUCAGGUGUCGAGUCUCAGUUUGUUGAGUGAAUCAUUGGAUUCUAUAUUGGGUUGAAGGAGCACUUGAUGGAGGUCUUGGAUGGCUUGAAUUGCUGUAAUAGAACACUUGAAGAUGAUUAUUAUUUGAUGAGGAUUCUCACUGGAAGAUCAGACAUGAUUGAAUCUUGAGGGCAAUUCCUCUGUUCAAGUUUGAAGAGUUGUGUAAGAGAAGUAUAAAAGUUGCAGGCUUGGACCAAGUUUGUGGAAAAGGAGCUGACGCCAAAGAUUGUUCUUUUUGGUGCGCGCAUCUAGUUCAUGCUCUGGGGAUAUGCUCUUGCACAUGAUAAGUUAUUCAAAAUGACUAGAUUGAGCUAACGUUGACAAAAAUUUGCAAAGAAGGGGAUUUGAUUGCAGAACGCGGCGAGAAGGUUACUGGGACAAUUUCUGAUUGAGUCAUAUUUAUCUAUGAUGCAGGCAGAGUGUUAUUGUGAGUUUACUGUGAUACUGAAAAAGACUGUCUCCUAGAUUAUUUACUUUGAUAGGUUUACAUUACCGAUUCCCUUCUAAAAUUGUGUAUUAUUCAUCAUCCCUUUGUAACCAAAUUUUUUCUCCAUUCCUAACAUGACUUAGUGAAAGAAAAUAGUUAAUUGCAUUAUUUGCA